GUUUAGGAAAGAGCACCAAAAAUCCCCACUCUGUCCGCGCGAGCUGCUUUUUUUUUUUAAAUUGAAGUUUACUUGGAUACAAACACACCGUUUUCACCUGCUGAAUGAUUUCUUCUCUAAAGGCCCCAGCUGAUGACAUGUUGCUUCCUUUGCUCUGAUGUCUAUAGCGCUUCUCUGCUCUAUAUUGACUGGUUGAAGAUGAGUUAGAUUGGUCACGGCUGAUCUCUGCUUCAUGAGCCAGCAGGAUGCGGCAUCGGUGCGUGCACUCUCUGAGCGUCUCCUGGUAGCAUCGCAGAAGGGCCAGGUCGACAAUGUGGUGCAGCUGAUCAACAAGGGCGCCAAGGUAGCCGUCACCAAGUAUGGCCGGACUCCACUGCAUUUGGCUGCUUAUAAAAACCACAUCGAGGUGGUGAGGAUCCUGUUGAAGGCCGGCUGCGAUCUGGACAUUCAGGAUGACGGCGAUCAGACUGCGUUACACAGAGCAGCUGUGGUGGGAAACAGUGACGUCAUCACAGCACUCGUUCAGGAAGGGUGUGCACUAGACAGGCAAGACAAGGAUGGAAACACGGCGCUGCACGAGGUCGCGUGGCACGGCUUCAGUCAGUCUGUCAAACUGCUGGUUAAAGCCGGGGCUCACAUCCACGCUAAAAACAAGGCAGGGAACACAGCUCUGCACUUGGCAUGCCAGAACGGUCAUGCUCAGAGCACUAAAGUUCUGCUGCUGGGUGGAGCUCAUCCCGACAGCAAAAACAAUGUGGGUGACACGUGCCUGCAUGUCUCCGCCCGUUACAACCACGUGGGUGUUAUCCGCAUUCUGCUCGGCGCUUUCUGUUCAGUGGCUGAGAAGAAUCAGGCAGGAGAUACGGCCCUGCACAUAGCAGCAAUGCUAAAUCAUAAGAAGACGGCACGUCUACUGCUUGAAGCUGGAGCUGAUAGCAACAUCCAGAACGACGCAGGACAAACUGCACUGGACAAGGCCAGAGAGAACAACAACCCUGAAGUAGCCCUGCUGCUAACUAAAGCACCACAGAUCCAGAGCUUCACCCGUGGCAGAAGUGUGAGGAAAAGGAGGGAAAAGUUGAAAGCUGAAGGACGAGCACUGUCUGUCCCACGUGAUGAGAUGCUGCAGAGUAAGUACAGUGUCUCUGCGGCGGAAGAAACUCCGAGCAGUGAUCGUUCUGCGCAGAGACGUGGGAACUGCAGGAACGAGUCACCACAUGGCCCUCGGCAUAGAAAAAGCUGCGACCGGAGCCGCAGCCGAGUCAAAGAAAAGCCUUCCCUAUCGGACCCUCUAUCCAGCAGGGAGAAUAAGUGUAAAGAACAGAGAAAGAGGAGUAAAUCGAGAGCUUCACCUUCCCGAGCUGUUCCUCCUCCACACAGCUACAAGGCUUAUCAGCUGUACACGCUGUACAGGGACAAAGACGGCAAGGUCAUGCAGGCUCCUCUGGAAGGCUGCAGGUGUGAACCGCUCAUCAACAAACUGGAGAACCAGCUGGAGGCCACCAAAGAGGAGAUGAAGUCUGAGAUCCACAUGGUCCAAGAGCUUAUGAACAGCAAGAUGGGUCAGCUGGACCGCAAGAACAAGCACCAGAUCAGAGCUCUAGAUAAGAUGACGUUAGAGAGAGUUUCUGCUGAAAGGAUGGAGUGUUUACGUCGCAUUGACGAGAGGACAAAACAGGAGCGCCUGGAAGGUGAAAAGAGACAGGCCUCGAUGGUGAGUGAACUGAAAAACUGGUGCAUGUCUAAACUCCAGAGGAUGGAAGCACGCCUGACAGCAGAUGCACGCUGCGUACCUCUACGCCGCUCAUCCUCUCUAGAUGGGUGUACAACGCUUCGUGAUGAAACAGAGGGACUGUCUGCAGUCAGCACUCACUGUCUGAUACCCAAUGAUCCGACUGAGCACAAAGAGGGACAAGGAGAAGGAGAGGGAGGAGCUCCAGGUGAAGAGGAUGUGUUGGACAAUCACUACUUUGUGGUUCAGAUGGACAGCUUUUCAGAUGGCAAACAGAACAUCCAAGAGACUUUCUCCGUGGCCCCGGACAAAUCAGCAACGUCCUCUCCUCUCGUAGUACGACCGAAAGAGCGCACGCUGUUCUCUGCUGACCCCCACAGGCCAGACUUUGAACUACAGGAGACCUUAAAUUUGGGUCAAUCCAACAGCCUCUCGCUGACCACAGAGCGCCGCAGCAAUGGCCAAAAGGACCAAAAACAUGAGCGGAACUACAAGCACAGCAAGAGAUCUAAAAGCAGACACCAUAAAAGGCAUUUUGAAGGGAGGACUGAGGACCAAAAUGGUACCAAGACCCUUGAGGUGUUCGGAGAGGAGACGUUUCCUCAGGAGCGGGUCAACUUGCACGCUCUGGAGGUGACGCAGUGCUUCUUCGAGGCAGUGUCAACGCAGAUGGAGCGCUGGUAUGAGCGCAAGGUCCAGGAGGCGAGCUGGCAGGCUGAGCAACGAGCACGAGUCGAUCAGACCACCCUGCUGGAGAGGAUCAACUGCCUGGAAGAUGAACUGAGGCUCCUCAGAACCAACAGGCAGGAGGACAGCUAGCACAGGCUUAUGUGAAGAACGGGAUUUGAGGAGUGGAUGACUGAGAUCAUAACCUCCUGUGAAACUUCACAUGUUUUGUCCAUGAAGGAUUUCAGUCAUCCAGAUCUUAUAGAUGGAUAUAAAUAGCAUUUAUAUAUUAUAGUAGUAUUAGUAUAACGUCAAGGCAACUGGACUUUAGUUUUAGAUGUUCGCCCAUUUAUUCCCUACUCACAAGACGUCCGCUGGAGUCUUUGUCUGAAAUGAUAUUUUAAGUAUUAAUUGCUUAAUUUUUUUAGUCUAAAAAUUCUUUUCAAUGUCAAACAACUAUUCACUUCCUGCCAAACAAGAUUUGGGACUUUUUUUCCCUUUUUUUAAUUAAUUAAAAAAAAAAAAAAAGAAUUGUCCUAUAAUUGUCCCAGUUCUUUAUUCUCACAGGGUCUAGAAAGAAAUGUCAUUUCAGCCCAAACCUCCUGCUGGUUAAAACCUCCAGUGAAAGCCUUUGAGCUUUAAAACACUGUACGAAUUUGUCCUUUAAUUGUCAUAUUUUUUGCUGUAACCCCAGGUGAUGUUCUCUGGGUGAUUUUGAAGUUAUUUUCUAUUUUAGGACACUCAAGGUAUUCAUUUUCCUUUGUGGACAUCCUGCACUCAACCAUUUAUUCCCUCAGUUUAGUUAUUUCCAUUUGAGACCAAAUAAAGCUAAAUAAGUUCAAACACAAUUCCUUACCUACAUAUUCACUCCUCUUAAACUUUUCAGGUUGUCACUAAAAUCAUUGGGAUUAAAAUUAAUGAAUCAUUACAAAAUAGCUUGUAAAUAUUAAAAUAGAGGGAAGUCAAUAUAUCAUUUAUUCCUGUUGGUAUGAAACCUCUAAAUCAGAUCUGAUGAGAAACAUUUUUGACAGAACUCCAUCACCCAGAGAACACCAACGUAUCCCAUGGUGAAGCAUGGUGGUGGUAGCAUAUUGAUAUAUAUCUGUGGCCUCUUGGUUGCUUCUCUGACUAAAAGGCUUAUGAAAGGCAGCAUACAUGAUGUACAAUUCUCCUGCCUUUUGAGUGUUUGGGGUCAGAUUUUAUGACAGGCACAUACACACACACACAAAUACACUGUACUUAAAGACUGUUUACACUGGACAGACAAAGAUGCAGUAAAAGCACAGUUUACAGUUUACAUUUAUUGUAAAUAAAACUUAAACUAUGAGUUUAAGAGCUCAUAAGCUGGUAGAUUUUAUAAGCUGUUAGAGAAGUGGCUCUUUCAUUUCUUCCAAAGGAGUGGUCAGAAGAGUCACUAGGUGUGUUCAUCUUUUUCAAUAUUUACACUGUAUGCUGCUGUCAGUCUCUCCUACUGAUUCUUGAUGCCAGUAUGAGUUCAAAUGAUCUACGAUCCUACGUAACUUUGUUUCUAUAGUGCAGGCACAGCAGAUAGGGAAAGGGCAAAAAACUUGCUUAGAAUAAUAAGCUGAAGGGAUUUGAAUGUUUUGUUUUGCACACAGAGGUGUUUCUCUCUACUGAGGUCAUGCUGAUUCCUGUUGUUUUUAUACAUUUUUAUCAAACUGACUUUUUUAUUAUUAUUUUUUUAACAAUGUCUUCUUUUGUUUGCAUUUCACACCAUCUAAAAUCAUUAAAAUGACUAAACAUGCAAAAGCAGCUACCUUAGCAAAUGUGUUAACCUAAUGAAACAUUUGUUUUGCUAGAAUUGAGCUUCUUUCAUACCCAAACUAACCCCACUUUCACAGAUUUCUGUAACAUUUGCAUCAUGUUGCGAGGCUUGGUCAUGUUUAUGACUAAAAACAAGGAAUUAUAGAAUUCAAAUGGUUAAAACCUACACGAUUCACAUGUUCACACUGUUUCGGUUCCAGUCACAGCCGAGACAGAUCAGGACAUGGCAUACACUUUGCAUACUAACCAUACUAAACCCUACCUACUGUAAAACCUCCUCAGAUUUUAUUUAACUCAGUCUCCACUGUGGAAUAAUUCAUUCUAAAGCUUUGUUGUUUGUGUUCAAUAAAUAUGAUUUUAUGGUUAA